CCAAUCAGAUAGACGCACACAGUGAAGAAUCGCGUUCGAAUAUAUUUUUCGAAAUUUGAAUUUUCGAUUCGUUAUUUUUUAAAAAUUCAGAACUGAAAUAUUUUAUACACGUAUAGAAUAUCAUAGGACGAUCAUAUUUCAUAGAAUUUUCGAAGGCCAGUGAGAGUGUGUGAAGGAAAGUGAGACCGCGGCAUGCGCCUGCGCCGCUGACAUUUUCACUUUCUACGUGACGGGACACAUUGAGCGAUGGCUCCCGUAAGCCAAAUACGGAUAUGUGCCAUGCUGUGGCUGUUCUGCGCAAUCAGUGCAAGAGCAGAUCCCAGUGAAAAUACUACAACCACCAAAACGAUCCGAACCACCAUUCUACCAUCACGGACAACGCGGACCGAGUUGAAGGUUUCCAGAAGUCUGAAUCCUCACGAAACUCAGACCCUCAAUGUGAGAACCAAAGCAGGUCAUUUAACACAAUUAAUAGUCAAGAAGAAAGAUGCAAAAUCGACUACUUAUGGCAGUAGUACAUCACCAGCGCCAACUACGAUUUCUGUUCGGACAACUCUAACGACUGCUAGGGUUAAUAACAAUAAUAAUACGGACGACAAUAAAAAUAAAACUGAAUCGAGGGACCAAAGAAAACUUCAUUUCGGUUCAGUUAACAGUGACCUAGCCGGUUACGACUAUUAUUUAAACAGAAACAAACAUGAUGAUUUUGCAGAUGUAAAAGCAGAAUACGGUAACUGGUCCCCAGUUUCUGUUUAUCCCGAGUCUCAUAUCCAGGAAGAUGGUAAAAAGCCGGAGGCAGAUCCUGAGACAUCAAAUUACUAUCCAACAUACGAUAACGACAAAAAAACUGAAAAUAAAAGAGUUUAUAUAACUUCAGCCAGUUUUAUGGAUUACAACAGUCCUAUCAAAAGCUACAGAUUUGACCCGCACAACCCCGUUAUAAAGAAUGAUAGAAACCCAGUGUACAUAGAAGUAGUAAGUACAAAAGUCUCUGAUGAUAAUGAAAAAUCUUUUAAAGUACCUGAUCCAGUUGUGGUGAGUUCUGAGUCUAUGUAUAUAAAGAAAGCUUUGGAAAAGUAUAACAAUAAGCGUGGUAGAUCUAUACUUACUCUUGGUGAAGAUGGCAUACCAGAAAUACAAGGCAUUAGAGUGCCUGACGAUGAGUCUGAUAAGAAAACUUGGAGAAAUGCGAGAGUUGUUAACGGAGAAUUAGUGCCGUACCCUGAAGGCUAUACACCACCAAGAGCUAUACCUGAAGCAGACGUUUACCCAGAUAUAGCAGCCGUAGAGCCAUCACAAAAUUUAGGUCCUUUUACCAAAGAUGAUAAUUUUGAGCAGAAAGACGGACCGUUCACAAAAUUCGAUAAUAUCAAAUUUGAAAAUGAUGACUUCAUUCCAUCUACAUUCACAUACAAACCGAAGAAAGAAAAUCAUUAUUAUAAAAAUGGCUAUGGACCUUUUACUAAAGCAGAUAACUCUAAAGUUGCAAAUUCGAAGCUCAUUGAAUAUAUUAAACAGAUCAAUGAACAAGAACUGAAAAGGGACUAUUUUAGUGGACGCAGCUCUCGAGCCCAUAACGGUGACUUAGAAUACGCUGAAAGUCACAUUCAAAGACGUAUGCUACAACAUCCAGGUGAAGUAAACUUUCCCAAUUCUAUUAUGUAUACACCGAAAAAUGCCAAACCAGGUUUUGACGAAAGUGUAAGAAAUCCUGUUCUCCAGUACGCCCAUCCUGACCUUGGAAUUCAACCUGCAAAAGCUACACGAGAUAAUAUCGAAAACUACGAUAACAAGGAACGUAAAGUAAAAUAUUACACAAGUGUACCAAAAAGCGCUCACCCAUAUCCUAUGGAACCAAUAAAUGGUUACAAUCAACAACGCAGUCAAAACAAUGGACCAAACGCUAACAGAUACUAUGAAGAUGAAUAUAAUAAAUUUUCAUACUAUGAUAAUUCUCAUAGUAGAUACCCUUAUGGCUACGGUUACGUAAAACGAGUUCCUGAACCAUCUUUAUGGCAAAGAUUUACAGAUUCAAUGAAAGAUACGAUUAACACCGCCAGUGAGACAGUUCACCAAUUUACCAGGCCUCUUAUAGAGCCAAUCGCUAAAGUAACGCAGCCCGUCCUUGAUCCUCUUGUCGAAGCAACUCAUAAAAUAUCACACAACUUGGGUCUUUAUCCGUCUAAUUCUUUACAAAGUCAGAGAUACGCUCAAGAUAAAAUCGGUGUUGCAGCUGCUGCAUCAGGAGCUCCAGCAAUGUUACCAGCACUGGGAUUAAUGGCUGGUGGCGCUGCUCUAGGAUUAGGAGCAGUAGCGGUUGGAAGACUGCUGGAUGUUAAUAUCAUGCGUAGUGCUAAUGACGAGGACACUUUAGAUGAAAUUGAAAAAGAACACAAACGAGCCUUCGCUAACGCUCCAUACGACAUCGACCGGAAAAUACUAAGCAGGCAGCAAUACUAUGAUGAUAAUUAUAAAAUGCCAAGUGAAAAUGUAUAUGUUGUUAUGUCACCAGACAAUGUCGAAGGCAGUCGUGCGAAAAGAGACGCAAUUAGCAUCUAUAAGCCUUAUAAGAAUAUUUUUGUUAGACAAAGACGUAGUGUUAAAAGAGCGUUAGACGGUGAUAUGCCAGAUGACUUGCAAAAUUUGGAUGGUAGCCCGAGCACCUCCAGCCUCACUUCGGCAGCUAUGGACCUCGUGAAACAGACAGAUUGGAGGGACUCACAAUGCGCCAAGUUUACCUUUUGUAAAGUCUUAACUUCCCAGUCUUCGGAUUCUCUGUUUGCAAUGGAGAAGAAAAUGGAAUCUCUUCUAAAAAUGAUAUCUCGCGGCAACAGCGCCAACGCGGCGGCCGUGGCGACGCACCUCGGCGACGUCAUGUCGGCCAGCCGCGACCACGCCUGCAGCCGGUUCCACUGCAACACGCAGCGAUAGCCGCCGGAGACAAUCGGCUCACGUCCAAGUCUUCAUUAAAUCCAUUGUUUUGUUUACAGAACAUUUUAAAUUGUUAAGAUAACUGUAGAUAGAGACAACUAUUAAGUAUUUGUAGAAUAUUCGAUUGUAUAGCGUUUUCCAAUGCCAAGAGGAGUACAGAUUAAUAAAGAACUUUGACAUUGAAUUAACAUGACGAGAUUAUGAAUUCAUGACAAAAUGUCGUUUUGAAUUUCGGCGAAGUUUUUAUUGAAACUUAUAAUUAAGGUGGAUUUAAGUAUUUAAGUGGAACAGUGUUGAAAUAUAAAUAAAUAUAUAUUAAUCAAUUACUUGUACUACAUAAUAUAGCUGAACUAUUAGUGGACUGCGUGUAAUAUGUAAAUAAACUCCUUUACAUAUCUUUACUCCCUCUGUCAUUGGAAUACAGUUUAGAAUUGUCAAUUCAUUUCAAUAGAUAUGAUACCCUAAAAAAGUUUUAAAUUCAGCCAGAAUGAUUUAUGAAAAAAGGCGACUUUUAUCUUUGGUAUUUGUUUUUAAGGUCUAUUGAAAUGAGUUUUAAUAUGUAUUUUAUAGACACUAACAUUUGUGAUUGAUGGAAGAUUGUAAGAGAGAAUAAUAUCUAAUGCAACAGAGUUCUGUUUAGUAAUAAUUAUACCUUGAUAUUGUAACACAAUUAGUCGAUAAGUUACAUGAAAAAAAAUCAUAAUAUUACAAAAAUAUGUCAGCCAUAUUGAACGUCGUUCCUAAAAUUUAAAAAUAUAGCCGCCGUUUUGUUACCAUUUGUAAAACUCCUUACAUUCUGUCGAAAGCUAACACUCUGAAAUUAUUUAAGAUACCUAGUUUUAUAAUUACUUAUAUUAUCCAAAGUUUGCGUUUCAUAUUUAAUUCAAUCUAUUUAUAAAAUAA